AUGGAAUAAGUUUCUAUUAAUUUUGAAUCAUUAGACUAGGAAAUUUUAGCAGCUGUUUUUCCUAAAUAAAAAGCACACCUCAUUUGUGAAGAAGAUAAUUUAUUAGGUCAUGUAGAUUCAUUAUUUGAAUAAAUAAUGGUGGUGGAUAGUCAUUCUUAACUUACUAUUGAGGAUUUUAAAUUGAAUUGCACAUUGAGUAUUAUAUCUUUCUAUCAUAGUUAGAAAUUCAUUGCAGGACCUCAUACAACUUAUGAAAAAUUUAAUCUAAAAAUACAUCAAAAGCAAAUGCACAAUUGACAGAAUAUAAUAUGCUGUUGAUUUUUUAACUGUUCUAAAAGAUUUAUAUGAAAUUGUAAUACUAAUAUUAGGAGAUUGUUUAGAAGAACAAAAUUAAAUAUUUUAAGAAUUGUUAAAAAAAUAUUUGGAUAAUGAAGAAUUUCGAAUUAAAGCUAAAAAUAAAAAAGAUAUUAAUUUUUUUGGGCUCCAACACAUGAAUCAUGUUUUUACUAAAGAUACACUUAAAUAGAUCAUUAAAAUAAGCCAUCAUUAUCUUACUAAUCAUGAUUCUCAAGCUUUAGAAGAUAAAUUAGUGGUUUAUAACUCUCAUCUUAAUAUUUUAGUUAGAAUAUUUGCAUCAGCUAUUGACAUGAAUUAAUAAGACAUAAUUUGUUUAAAUAAAAAUCAUAUUUUUUGGAGAGAAAUUAAGGCAAUAUCAAUAUAUACAAAACUAAGUUAAAACUCAGAAUAAAUAUCUAAAUCAUAUUACAAUUUUAUGAAAUCAAUAAGAAUAGGACAUGCUAUCUUUUUAAAGAAAUCAAAAGUUAAGAAUUCUUUUAUGAGAGACAUAAUAUUUAUUUCUUCAUCAAUUUGGUAUUUUGUAUUAGAUGGGAGAGCAAAAUUAAGAGCAAUGGAACACAUGUGUGAUAUGUAAGUAGAGAGUGCGAUGAGUGUUAUGGGUAUGGUUGAAAAACCUGGUAUAAAACAUCUAAUUGAAUUUGGAAUCACAUCAAUAAAGCAUAAUAUAAAAAUCUAUAUUGAUCCAGUUGUUUCGCCUAUAACUUUAAAAUAAAUGAAUAAAUAAUUCGAAUAAGGAAUUUUAAAUACAAUUACUAAAGAACCUUUGGAAUAUGUUAAUAAAUCUAUACAUUACGAUGUCAAACAGCAUAAAUCAAUAAUGGCAAAAGAUAAAACCAAGUUAAGAAUAAGAAUACUCUGUUCAAAAUCUUUAGUGAAAAUUAACGAAUUUUAAUAAAGUUUUUUAUCUCAAUUUACAAAUGAAACUUUGAAUUAUGAGACAUAUGAAACUAUCAUUAUUCAUUUCCAUGGUGGAGGUUUUAUCUCAAUGUCAUCAUCAAGUCAUUAAAAUUACACCAGAGAGUAAUCACUUUCUUUAAAUUAGAUGGGCUAAUUAAUUAGGAAUUCCUAUUUUUUCUGUUGAUUAUAGUUUAGCUCCAAAAUAUCGAUAUCCUUAAGCAGUUGAUGAUUGCUGGCAAGCUUAUCAUUGGAUCUUAAAUCAUCUACAAUAUCACUUUAAUAUAAAGCCAAAGAAAAUAAUUUUAGCUGGUGAUUCAGCUGGAGGCAACCUCUGUUGUGCAUUAACUGGAUUAGCUAUUAAAUUUGAUAUUAAAGUACCUGACGGACUUUUAUUAUCUUACCCUGUACUUGAUUUAAAAAUGAAAUAUUCUCCAAGCCAUAUGCAUGGACUAGAUGAUUUCCUUUUAAAUCAUACAUUAAUGGAUAUUUGUAUUGAUGCUUAUACAAAUCAUCCUGCAAGUUAUGAAUUUGAUCCUUUUAGAAGUCCCAAUCAUUUUAGUGAUGAAGUAAAACUUACUGUACAUUUAAGAUAAUAUCUAAAUUUCCUCCAGUUAGAAUUUUGGUUGGCUCAAAAGAUCCAUUACUAGAUCAUACACAUAGAUUAGCCCAUUCUUUAAUUAAAAAUUAAAGAAAUGUGAAAAUUAUUGUAUAUGAAGGCAUGUCUCAUGGGUUUCUUAGCUUUUAUAUGUUAGGAGGAAUGAAAGAAUCAUCAAAAUGUAUUGAAGAUUCAAUAGUAUGUCUAAAAGAAUUGAUUCAUUUAAAAAAAUAUUGA